AUGGCGCAUCACUUCCUAGUUCGGAUGAUCGCUCAAAUGGAUCCUACAGCACCCCACGCUUUGGCCCUACUAGCGGGUCUUGACCACCAUGGUUGUGUUAUCAGGCAUCCCAAUCUCUAUGCGAAAGCAUCCAGUAUUGAAGUCCACUUGCCAAUGGUAUUCUCUCAUGAGCGAAAGUGCGGUGGGGAAAGCUGUCCUGCCGAUUAUCGAGUGGUCAAGUUUCAGUAUUCCCGCAUGGCUUUCUUUGUAUCCCUGCAGGCGGCACGCCAGUCGUGUAGCAAUGUUAUAUUGGUGGAAGUCGCGGAGUUGUGUGUAGCCGCUGGGUUGCAGCCAACAUUGCAUCACACAUGCAUACGAGAAAUGGCAAAGCAGGGCAAAAACCCACGGCGAACUGAUAGCCCUGAUGCAGCUCCUAACACUGGUAAACCUGACGCGCGACCUAAAUCCUCCCCUUAUGCAAGCUCAAGCAUCCGGGUGUCCUUUAGUGAUGGUCUCACUCUUAACGUGCCAAGCUCUUUGCUUCAGAAAAGUCCAAAACUAUCAUCAAACCUUGCAUGGCCCUCUUCAGCCCUAAGAUUAGACGAUAUCACUUCAGCCGUCGGGCAUGUCAUCUUCCACUACCUCCUUACUGGCACGUAUCAGUGUCUCCAGCCCAAAGGCGAAUCACCCCGUGAGCGGCUUGUUGACGAGCUCACAACAAGUGUUCACGUUUACAAUGCUUCUCAGCAGUACGAACUUGAGUAUUUGCACAAAACUGCCCAAGGCGAAAUCGAAAGAUUAGCAGACGAACUUCCGUUCUCGCUUGUUCUUAAUCUGUUUCAAAGAGUGCCUUUGAAACUAAGCGCAGGAGACAUGUGGCUUAGUGACUAUAUACAGAUAGAGUUGAAGCACCUCUUUGAGGACCCUACGACCCUUUUGGAGUAUACUCCUCAGAACGAGCACGAGGUGCUAUCAUUCAGUGAUAUCAUCCUAAGGGGUCUAUCGGAGUUAUUCACAAGCGACCUGGCAGCAGUCAAAAAGGGUCCUAGUCCGACUUUGGCAAAGUCGACUGUGCCACAUGUAUCGGAGGCAGAGCCAUGCCAAAUAGAUUCUGAUCCUGGCCCUAGCGUUGAGCUCGAGCCGGAGCCGGAGCCGGAGCCGGAGCCGGAGCCAAACGCCAUGAAGAAGAAGAAGGCGGCUACUUUCGCGUUCGAGCCGGAGCCCGAACCUCUUCCAGUACCAGAUGACGAGCCUGGGACCCAGCCAGUACUAGUGCUUGAGCCCGAGCCCGAGCCCGAGCCUGAGCCAGUACCAGUGCCAGAGGACGAUUUCUGGGGCUCACUGGUCUCGAAGAAGGCCAUGAAGAAGAAGAAGAAGAAUACUUUCGCGGUCGAGCCGGAGCCCGAACCUAGUCCAGUACCAGAGGACGAGCGUGGGACCCAGCCAGUACCAGUGCCAAAGGAUGACAAUUCGGGCUUAUCCACGGCGAAAAGGGACCAGAGCAACAAUACAGAAAAUGGAUGGUCUUUUGUCGCGAGUGACAAUACGUGCUUCUUUCAAAGCGAGCAUAUCUUGGGAGAUGGAUGGAAGGAGUGUCGUAGCUGCCGAGGACGGGUGGGUGAAUUGUCUCAAGAGUAUGCAGGGACCGAAUGAGACAAAUGUUGGUUUUCUUUUUCUGUUUGUUUGCAGGGUCGUGUCUUCAGGUAGUGUGCUACCUUUUUGUUACAACCUGAAUUGCUUACGAUGGAUCGUAUUGAUACUCGUCACAUGUGUGGCAUCUGCUAUCCCUUGCUCAUUUGACGCUAUUCAUUCCUUUUGCUUCAUGUACAUCUCUAUAUCCGAGAAUUGCAGAUCACCGUGGGCUCCUGAGAAAACAACACGUUGUUAGCGCUUCCUUCAUAUUUAGACUUGUACUGUAUUAUUCAUUAUCGGCGAUCACUUCUGAAAAUUUCCUUGCCUGGCGUAAAACGUCUUUUAUCGACGCAUAAAGCUCUGGGUUUAGCUUCUUUCACCUCUCACCAUUUGGGAAUAUCUUCCUCCGCA